CUCGAGGGUUGACGUAGCGUUUUGCUAGCAGACUGUGUUGUCGCCGAAACAGUGGUGACCCAAAAUUUACUAUAUACGGUGGAUUAGAAAUGUCUUUUUCAAAAGCCCCUUUGAAAAGGUUCAAUGAGCACGUUGGCUGUGCUCCUCCACCGGGGUCCUAUGAGGUUAAACCUGGACUACUGAAGGGAGCUGCGUCCUUCGACAAAUCUGAUCGAUUCGUCAGAGCUGUGGAGACAGGUGCUGUGGCUCCGAUGCGCUCACCAUCCAGACAUGCACUUGUGUCUCCUGUGCGCAGGACUUUGUCAGUUGAUGGGCUUGUUGAAGGAUCUAUGGGAAGUGCAAAGAUGGAAAAGAAUAGUAUGACCAUGGAAAAGAAACAGAGGAUACAUUUAGAGAGAGAGGUCCGGUCUCUGGUGCAGCAGCGAGGAGAACAGGAUCGUCGCUUGACUGCCUUAGUAGAGGAUCUGCAGAAGGUGGAGGCCAAACUGCUGGUUGCAGUCAGGGAGAAAACAUCCUAUGCUGCCAAUAUUACUACCCUUGAAAGACAGCUAGCUGAACUCAAGAAAAUCAAUGACUUUUUAAAAUGCAAGGUUUCUGCUGACACUACAAAGAAGAGAAUUAAUUCCCUCACAAUGGAACUAAUGGAGGCCAGGAACAAUUUAGAUGUUAAAAACAAGGAGAUAAGUGUCCUGAAAAUUAACACUGAAGGUCACGUGAAUGCACUACAAACUGAACUUCAAGCUUCCAAGGCUACUGUCACUGCACUGAAGGACAAGAAUAAUGAUUUAGAGGAACUCUAUCAAGCACUCAAAGUACAGAACCAAGAGCUAGAAAAUGAGAAUGCCAACUUGCAUGCCGAGAUACGGGAGCUGAGGGAGGAGAUCAGAGUUGUGCAGGAAUACCUGGAUGCAGCCAAUGAACAAAUCCAGGAUCUCCGUUUGCAGAUUCAAGAGAAGAGUCAAGAUAUCACUGAUGCAGAUUCUAAGAUGGAGGUCAAAUUAAGGGAGGUUGAAACCAAGCUGAAAGAAUACUCAACCGAGCUAGAAAAAACCCACGGUAUACUGGGGCAAAAAGAGGAGGAGGCACAGAAACACCAACAAGAGUUACAGGCAUCCAAAGAUGCUUUAUGGGAGGCAGAGAACAAGUUGCAAAACCAAGAUCUGGAGUUUAAGUCUUCACAGAAGUCUCUGAGUGACAUGGAGACACAAAUGGCAUUAGCCAACCAAGAACUUCAAGACUCUCAAGCUGUAGUGCGGCAGCAGAAGGCAGAGCUUGCUAGACUAAGGGAGGUGGUGAGGAGAACAGAGCAGGAGCUGGAUGAGAGAGUGGCGUACCUUAAACAGAGAUGUGUGUUCUCAGAAGAAGAAAGUAGCAAGACUCAAGAGGAGGGGCUGAGGAGAGUGGAGGAGUUGAAGAUGGAGCUGAACUUGUUAAAUGAGGCCAAAAGAGAUGAGAAAAAGAGAAAAAUAAAACUCCAGGAAGAACAUGCUACACUUGUGGAAGAGCUAAAGAAAGAGAGGGCACUUGUAGACUCCCUGUCUGUGCUACUGGAGCAGGAGAGGGAGGAGUCUGAAGAGAAUCUGAAACAGCUGAAGGAUGAGAUGGAAGAAGUACUGGGGGAACUUGCUAUCCUGGAGGAGCAAGACCAGUGGAGACAGGAGGUGGAGGAAAAGAAUCAAGAAGCCCUUCAGAGAUUGCAGAUGGAAAAUGGAGAGCUAGCAAGGCAACUGAGUGACAUGACAUCCUUGUUGGAUAGCACCAAAGAUGCUCUGAAGGAAACAGAGGACAGAGCAAAAGCAGUGGAAGUGAAAGUGGAGAGUGUGGAUGGAUUGGAGGAUCACCUGCAGAAACAGCUGGCUACCCAACAGGCUGAAGACCAAGCCAAGGAGGAGUUUAAAAGAAUGUUGCUGCAGGUGCAGACUCUGCUUGCACAAAAAGAUGAGGAGAUGAAGGCCAUGGAGUUGAACCACGGUGCCUUGAUCAAUCAGCUACAGCUGCAAACAAAGGAGAAAGAAGAACUGAGAGGUCAGAGCCUUACUCAGCUUCAAAACGAAAAGGAAAAGGCUCAGAAACUGCUGGAGGCUGGUACCCGGGAGAAAGAUAAAUUACUGGAACAACUCCAACAAGAAAUUGAAGAGAGAGUAAAAAUUCAGGCAGUUAUUCAGGAGGAAAGGGGAGCAUUGGAGGUGGAAAGGAAAGAACACCAGUGGGUGAAGUCCGAGCUGCUCGCGCUCCAAACCCAACUAGAGAUCAUAGAUAAGGAGAAAGAGAGUUUGCUUUGUCAAGUGGGAGAUUGUCAGACUCAGCUAAACAUGGCUGAGCAGGACAGAAAUGGGCUUCAGGCUCAGCUGGAUGAAGUUAAAAAAGAAGGGGUGAGCCUCCAGACUCAAGUACAGCUCUUGGAGGAGACAACACAUACUCUACAGUGUGAGGUGGAAGAAGAGCAACAAAGGAGACGCGCUCUCCAGGAGGAGGUGGAAGUACUGACUCUACAGAAGGUUACAUUGCAGCGGGAGAUGGAGAAGCAGCGAAAGGAACUGCAAAAAUGCUUAACUGAAGCGCAAGAGAAACCCUCCACAGUUGCUGAGACAGAACACUGGAAGAUGAUGUAUGAGAACCUGCUUGCUAAAGUCAAACCCUUCCAGGAGCAGCUUGAUGGUUUUGCAGCAGAGCGUGCAGCACUACUAAAUAAGAAUGAUGCAAACCAAGAGGAGUUAAGUAAGCUGGCAGCUGCUUACGCUCAUCUGUUGGGCCACCAGAACCAGAAACAGAAGGUCAAACAUGUCAUGAAACUGAAAGAUGAGAACACUGCCCUGAAACAGGAGGUGGUGAAACUUCGGUCUCAGGUAAGCCGACAGAAGAAUGAUCUGGAGAUGCUGAAGUCCAAAAUCCCUGGUGCACCUCGCAGGUUUGAUCCCAAGAAAGCCUUCCAACAUGACAAGGAGAACAGGAAAAUGGAAAUGACUGCAGUUCUUGGAGGAGGUGAGAACUGAAAAUAAAAUGGACAGUGCCUCGCCAUCAGGCUGUCAUUCGGGAA